AUGCCCCCUCCGACCCCCACCCCCCAAACCCUCACCCUCUUCCUCCGCGCCCAAACCACCCUCUACGGCCCCUCCAUAACCACCACCCCCUCCCCCAGCACCUGGACCCCACCCCCCUCCUCCGGCGGCCACCUCGGCCGGUACCUCUGGACAGACGCCAUCGGCGUCCUAAACUUCCUGACCCUACACCGAAUCCACCCCAAUCCCCCCAGCGAAAACCACUACCUAACGCUCGCCUCGCGCCUCAUCACCUCCGUGCACAACACCCUGGGCCGAGCACGCGAUCCUCCCCACACACCCCUCCCCGGUGCAUCCCCAUCCCACCCAUUAGCAGGCGGCCUACGCAUCGGCAAACCCUCCGCGGCAGGCCACGACUGCGACGGCCAAUACCACCAUUACCUGACGCUGUGGAUGUUCGCGCUGAACCGGAUGAGCGUGGCGAGCGGCGAGGGGAAGUGGAAUAAGCUGGCGGUGGAGUUGGGUAGGGCGAUACAUCCGCAUUUCUUCAUCAAGGGUGUGGAUGGGAGGAGGUUGGAUCGGAUGGUGUGGAAAUUGGAUACGGAGUUGAGGAGGGUGCUUGUGGGGAGUGAGGGGAAUUUGGACCCUGUGGAUGGGUUUGUGGUUUUUAGGGUGGUUAGGGCUUAUGAGUUGGCCUGUGGCGGGGAUAAAGGGGUGUUGGAGGAGGAGAUUGAGGAUUAUAGGAGGGUGAUGAGACGGAAGGGGAGGCAGAGGGUUAGUGAUGAUUUGUUGGAUUUGGGGAUGGGGUUGUGGACGGCGCAUCUUGUUGAGGGGGAGGAGGAGGAGUGGGCCGGGGAGUUGUUGGGGAGGGGGGUUGAGAGGGUUUAUGAUCUGUUUGAGAUUAAGCACUAUCUACAGCGUGAUCCGCGGUAUCGGUUGGCGUUCAGGGAGUUCGGUGCCGCGAUGGGGAUUAAGUGUGUUGCGGAGCAGCUGGCCGAGAAGGAUACUGCGGUUGAUUUGAAGGUGUAUGCUGAUCAGAUUGUGGAUUUCUGGGCCCCGUAUAUGGCUGGGGAGGAGGAGGAUGAUAUUGAGGAUUUGAGGCCCAUUACGCAGGUGAUGUAUGCGGCGGCGUUGAUUCCGGGAGCUUUCUGUCGGGGGUUCUUCGAGAACGAGCCUGUUAUACCGCCAGUGCUAAAUGUGUAUUAA